GUUUGUGUGAGCGAGUCUGUGUGUUUGUGUGUGCGAGUCUGUGUGUUUGUGUGUCUGUGUGAGCGAGUCUGUGUGUCUGUGUGAGCGAGUGAGUCGAUGCGUCUCUGUGCGUGUCUCUAGUCUCUCGUUGUAUUGCAAUGGCAAUGACGGUCCAGUUGUCGCCUGACGAUUAAUAUACGAGAAACGGGCACAAGGACACCUGCAGUGGUGCAUCGCUAUAUGCAUACUGUACAUACCACAUCACUAAACAGGAAAUCUGUAUUGUAAUCGGCGGCUGUGUGCGUGCGUGCGUGCUCUGGUACAGCUCAAUUUAUUUUAUUCCGUGACAAGGAGGAGGAACACACACCACACACACACCACACACACCACACUACACACACCACACACACGCGUGCGAUCGUCUAAACCCAGGGGGGGUGUUCCGUUGCGUGCCGUGGAGACGUCCCGCCGCUGACGAUGGCCAAAACGCCCGUGCCGUCGUCGCCACCUCUCCGCUCGUCCCGUGCCUCAUCCUCAUCAUCCUCCUCAUCCUCAUCCCAACGCGCCUUGACAGCCGCGUAGGCAAUUGACGCGUUGCUUGCGCUCGUCGAUUAGAGAGACACAGCACACAGCAGCACCACCACCAACAACAAACGAAAGUCAUUUAGCCGGUGCGGCUGGUCAAAAGAAUAAAGCGAAGGCAGGCAGGAGAGGAGCGGGCGAGGAGAUAAUCGAGCGAUGUUGUAUCCCGUGGAGCAAUCGAACCCCGCGGCGGCGAUGAGGGUGGCGGCCCAGCAGCAGAAGGUGGUGGUGCCGCCCGGCAUGGAGGAGGCCAUCCGAGGCGAUGACCUGCAAGCGUGCCUGGACCUCUUGCUCCAAGAUCCCGGACAAGUGAACGCGAGGGGAUGGAGCGGACUGGGAGCCCUGCACCACGCGUGUUUUCGUGGCAGCGUAAACAUCGCGGCCGCACUUCUGCAGCACGAGGCUGACCCCAACUUAUGCAACGACGCGGGAGAGACGCCCUUCCACUUUGCCUGCAGGAGGGGGAACGUCACGAUCAUCCACCGCCUUGUGCAGAGUGGCGCCGACGUCACGUUGUUGGACAAGUACGGCCGCUCGGGCCUGCACCACGCCACCGUUGGAGGCAGCGUGUUGGCCAUAAAGUACCUCGAGGAAACUGGCAAAUUCCAUUUCCUGUCAACCGACACAUAUUCCCAGAAUCCUUUGCACAUCGCAGCUGGGAUGGGAAACUUGGAUGUUGUUUGCUUCCUCUUGGCAAAGAAACGCAUCGACUGCCGGACGAGGGACGCCGACGGCAACACGGCCCUGCACUUGGCGACGCUGAAGGGCCAUAGCGCCCUGUGCUGGCCACUUCUGCAGGCCGGAGGCAUGGGGCUGCUCACGCUGAGGAAUCGCGACGGGUUGACCCCUGUCGAGCUUGCGAGGAGCUGCAACACUUACAUGCACAAUCACCUGUCUGAGAUUCUGGAAAAUCUGGAGAGGAGAUCGUACAACGGAAAAUCCCUUCAGCCUCUUGGGAUUUACUACGGGCUGAUGUUCCUGCCGGGCGUUGGGGCCGCGGCCGGGCUGGCCCUGUCAAGCCUGGUGCCCGCCUACAGCGGAUACCUGAUCAUGGCGCUGUUCAUCGCGCUAACUCGCACCGUCCUCGGCCAAACUCACCGCAUCUGGCACAUCAGCAGGUGGCAGAAUCCCAUCUACUUUGGAAUCUUCAUCGCUGGGAUCGUCCACUCCUUGUUCUGCUUUUACUACAAACUACUGCCCAUUCUGUGGCCGGCCCCUGCGCUGCUGGUGAGCUCCGUGGUGAUUACAACGCUGCUCGUGCUGGCCAUGUGCUCUGUGCUGCUGAGGGACCCGGGCCGGCUGCGGCCGCAGUGUGGCCCGCCCGGCUCCGGCCUGUCAUCCGUGCAUGAGCUGCUGGCCGCCGGCGAACCCACGGAGCGCUUCUGCAUCAGCUGUGAGCUGGUGCAGCCUGCCUGGACCAAGCACUGCCGCCUGUGCGAUGCCUGCAUGGAGGGCAUGGACCACCACUGCCUCUUCCUGCUGGUGUGCGUCGCGCGACGCAACCACCGUGCCUUCGUGCUGCUGCUCGUCCUCGUCGCACUGUGCCAGUUCUGCUUCUCGGGCGCCGUCAUCAUGUACCUGGCCCGCGUCGUUCCGCCAACCCCUGGCGGCGGCGGCGGCCACCUCGCCGUGCUGCGGCCCGACUACGGCCGCUGGGCCGCGGCGGCCACGUUGGCCAUGACCCGCGACUCGUGGCCGGCGCUGCUGCUGCUGGUGAACGUCGGCUGCCUGCUGUGGGUGUGCUGCCUGUUGGCGAUGCAGCUGUCGUACGUGGCUGCCGGGGUGACGACCGUGCUGGGCCACCCGGUGGGGGCCCGUCGCCACCACGGCGGGCUGCUCCGGGGUUUGGCCAACGUCCUUCGUUUCCUCGUGUGGGGUGAACACGCCGCUGCCGCCGGCGCCAACGGUGGCGUUGGGCUUAAAACUGCGCUGGUGGCAGAGCAGAUCUGACUGAGCCUUUCUAAUGAUGUGCCUGUGGAGCCAGGUUGGAAUUUCAUUGUCGAGGGCGUUUGGUGUCUUGUGUUUUUAGUAUGCCUUGCCAAUUUGGUUGUUUUUGUGUCGUUUGUGGGUUAAAGAAAGAAUCUGCCACCCCUCACAAUUGUAAUUUGUCCCCCCCCCCUCCAUUCCAAGCAUUCCCCGCGUUUCAAUGCGUUGGCCUGCAAUUUUGUGAAAGCUUUCGAGCGACAUCCAUUCCAUUGCUCCCGCGGUCAUUUCUCACGUUAACUGGCCCAUCGCUUGACAGCGCAGCGUUCAUUGCACUUCUGUUCAAGAAGAAUGGUAAACUGGGUGAGAGUGAGGUUGGAAGGCGGACUGUACCUCGAAGGUCAAUGUGACACUGAGAAAAGAGCCUUAUAGCGACCGGACCUUGAGAUGCUUCCAAAUUCGGGCAGUUGCUCCAUCAUCGCUCUGCCGCGCGCGUACCGGUCUCGUUAACGUUGCAGAACUAUGCCACGUGCUGCUUUUUUAUAAAGUGCGGCCAUUUUUUGUUGUGACCGUUUUACCCGUGUGCUAUUGGCGCGAGCUAGAUGUAGAAUUAAUUCGGUUAGCUAUAAAGUAGAAGUUUUUUUUGUUAUAUUUUGUUUAAAUUUAUCAGGAAUAAGUACUUUUUUAUUUACGUGUUGUGUUUUGUUCACAUGAAAGUAAUUGUACAGGAACUGGCUGCUUUGUGAAUUACUCCACGUUAUGUUAGAAAGUCGUUCUCAUUGAGAGGUGGCCGGAUAGCUCGUGGGAGCAGAGUGCCAAGCCAGCACCACUGAACUUCUGGGUUUGAAUCCAUGUUUCAUUAGCCCCCCCCUUAAAACUGGAGUUUCGGAUAUCGAAAGGUUAUGGCCCUUGACCCAGUCACCAAUGACUGCACACACACACACACACAACACCCUCAUUCAAUCAACUUGUUCCCAAUUAAUUUAGAGACUCAAUUCCAGCUCUGAGAAUUACAAAUCGUGGUUUGCCACACAGCAGAAAUGUUUAGCACGGUGCCAGGGGAACAUGGGGAGGACCCCGAGUGUGUGGGUAAAAAUGGGUCAACGUAAUUCUGGGACGUCUCCUGCCCGCGGGCCGUUGUCUGCUGGGAGAGUUCCAAAUAAACUGCUUCAUUUCAUGACGCUGCUACAGUUAUUGAGACAAGCGGCAACAUUCAUGGCAGACAUGAAUCGAUGGGAGAAUCGGGGAGAAGCUCUGUGGUGUUGUGGUCUUAGGUUGUUCGUUGUUGUGUGGCUACGCUGUCUGAAUAAAGAACGUAAAUGGCGACAUUUGAUGGCACAAAAAACCCCCAGCAUUGCCUGCUGGUGUUACUCAUAUGAAGAGCCUUGUGACGAUUUUCACUGGAGAAGGCCUUCACAGACUUCCUUCUGCCAACGUAUCGUCUCAUUUCACUUCAAUUCUCCACGCACUCCCUGCUGCGGCAACCAAGGCUUUCUAUGCAAUCAGUGGAGUUCCCUGCUCCCAGCCAUUCGUGCUGCCGAACCCAUGCUUCUCUACAAGUCUGUGCUCAAAACAUUUAUUUUUUGUUCGUCGCUUGCAUUGACCGCCUCCACAUAAUCAAUUUAGCACACUUACUGCAUAGUGUCUUGAGGGUGCAGUUACAUUUAGAUGGCAUUGUAGCCAUAUGUCUUUUCCAAUAUUUAUAUGUUACAUUUAGUUAAGACAGGGCUUUGCAAGCAGGUUAAACAAUAUAUGUUCAUUGGAGUGGUCACGCACAUUUUCAAGUAGAGAAUGUGUAAAUUAAGUUGAAUAAAAUUGCAUACAUGCACAUGGUUGCAUGUUUUUUUAAGCAUUUAAAAACAGACGUAAAAUUAAUAGCUUAUAUUCCUUCCAGGUCAAAAUUUACGUGCAGCUCUAAAAAAAAGUGUACUUGUUGCUAGGAGUAGUUGCCGAGAGAGUGCAACAAUAUUUAUCCGUCGGCGUCAUUCCACCAAAAUUUGUGCAAAGUGUUGCGAGCCUUAAAUGAAUUUUGAACGCCAACAUCUGGCGCAUGUUCGAUGGUGUUCCUCCUGUCCCGGGAAUAACCAAAAUGUGUUGCCAUGCACACGGAGAAAAACACAUUACUGCGUAAGGAAUCGGCACCACAUCCAAGUGUGGUUUUACAUUCGUUUCUUGCGACAACACGCAUCGUUCAACUUUCGCCCGCGAACAGAUUACCGAGUAUAUAAGUACCCGUGUAUAUAUAUAUAACUCACACAGCUUGUGUCAUUGUAACACCAAUGGGAUCUUCAAAGAAAUACAAAUUAUCCCUGUACGGAAAUCUUCCCAUUCACCUUUUUGUUCAGAUGAUAGUGACGCCGGAAGUGUUGCCAAAUCAAUCCGAUUAGCUACGGUUAUCCCCGAGUAAUUCACCCAGAAGUGGCUUAUUGGAAAGCCCUUAAUGUAUGCAGUCGUCCGCGAAUGAUCAUGGAUAAGCAGAGUAACCAAGAAGUGGCGACACAUUUGACUUAUUAUUCGUAAUUUAUCCUCGGAUAAGAGUCGCCCGGACGUGGCCUCGUGUAAGCGUAAAAUUCGUGCUGUUAUGUCGUGCACCUUUCACGGAUAAGAGGAGUCGUCGUCGAGAAGUGGAAGCAUCAUACCAUUAUCUACAUUGUUUUCGUGGAUAUUGAAGUUGACUUGGAAGCGGUGGAAAAUUGCAACUUCCUGAUACUCGCGUGGAUAGGCAUGAACUUUCUGGAUAGCUGUGUAGGACAAUAGGAUCUGCCAUCGGCAACUCUCACAUUCAUGCGGAUUCUUUUUUUUUACUUUGCAUUUAAAACAUAAUACCUCGUGUGCAAAAGCAAUGCAGAUGAAUGGAUGAUGGGUUCCCCUGAGAUUUGGAUGUGUGGGUCACAACGCCACAAGCCCUGAAAACCACUGGGGUUAUCUUCUUGGUUCUUUCGGUAAAGUCACGUAGAAUGGAAAUAAAAUAAUAAAAUAAUAAAACAUAAUGAAAUAAAAUUCUCACGACGUUUCGGCCACAACACAAGUAGCCUUCUUCAGGUGAAG